GUUUUUUGGUUUUUUUGCCUGCAUAAAGAUGGCGGAGUUACGGAGGACUCUGGAUAUUUCUUUUCUUUCAAAAUAAAAUAGUUGAGUCUUUCGUGUUUAGAUGCACGGUCAACGCCCGAGAAUUCAGACAGUUAAAAGUUUGUUCGGCAACAGCUUUUAUUUUGGAAUCCGCAUCCGGAUGGUGCGUUGCACAACCUUUCCGGCUUGACAGUGGUGGUGUUUCUGCGGGUGCUGGACGCGGUGGAUAGCAGCCGGAUAGAAAUCUUCAAAGAUGGCCUCGGCAACAGCAACCUACGGGCAGAAGGAGUCUUCAGACCAGAACUUUGACUAUAUGUUCAAGAUCCUCAUCAUCGGAAACAGCAGCGUGGGCAAAACCUCCUUCUUGUUCCGCUACGCCGAUGACUCCUUCACACCGGCCUUUGUCAGUACAGUGGGCAUUGACUUCAAGGUGAAGACCAUCUACAGGAAUGACAAGAGGAUCAAGUUACAGAUCUGGGACACGGCGGGUCAGGAACGUUACCGCACCAUCACCACGGCUUACUACCGAGGAGCCAUGGGCUUCAUCCUGAUGUACGACAUCACCAACGAGGAGUCCUUCAACGCCGUCCAGGACUGGUCCACUCAGAUCAAGACGUACUCGUGGGACAACGCCCAGGUGCUGCUGGUAGGAAACAAGUGCGACAUGGAGGACGAGCGAGUGGUGAAUGGGGAUAGAGGCCGGCAGCUGUCGGAACACCUCGGUUUUGAGUUCUUCGAGGCCAGUGCCAAGGACAACAUCAAUGUGAAGCAGACCUUUGAGCGCCUGGUCGACAUCAUAUGUGAAAAGAUGUCUGAGAGCCUGGACGCCGGAGAUCCCGCUGUCACGGGGGCCAAGCAGGGGCCCCAGCUGACAGAGCAGCCGGCUCCACCUCACCAGGACUGUGCAUGUUAAAGCUGACUACUCCCCCAAAAAACCCUUUCCCUCCUUCCUCCUCCUCCUCCUCCUUCUCCUCCUUCUUCUUCUUCUUCUUCUUCUUCUCCUUCAGCUGGAUCCCAGGGCCCAGGGGUCUUGACUCCAUCAUCCUUUUCACUUACUUUCCUUCUUCUAUCUGUAACUCAGUACGGAUCAUUGGCUGAUGGUCACAAGAAUCAGGUUGGAAAAUGGCUGAAACGCUCUGAGAUACCAGUGGGCCAGUGCUUGAGGUGUGGUUGUUGCUUCUGGUUCCUCCACAUACAGGUGCAAAAAUGUGUUGGAUUUUUUUCUUAUCAGAGCUGGUGUUGUUGGUCUGAUGCCAAAGCAAGUUCAGUUCAACCAAAGUGUUUCAGACUCUUUGCAACCUGGGUUCUUUCAGUUUCCCAAACUUGUUCUCUGUUGUCUCCCCGCUCCUCAGUGUGGUUUUACAAGAAGGAUUUGACGGCGUCCGUCCUCAGAGUGCCAUUUAAAUCCUUCCAAUGUUUACAGUACUUUGUUUCAUGUCCGUCAAAUGUUUUUGAAAAAAGAUGUCAGCCUCAGAUUUGGUGACCAAUAAGGUCGAAGUGGAGUUAUCUGUAUGUGGGAAGAGAUGAUCAAUACCGAUGUGUUGUAUUACUUAUAUGAUUCUGGAUAUAUACAGAAUCAGAUAUACAUGGAUCUGUGUUUCUUUUCGUUGUCUCACCUCGUGUCUAAACAUGGAUGCUGCAGGUAUUGGAAAGAGUUGUGUUUUUGUUCCAUCUGGCCUUUUUUUAAUUUACAUUUUUUUUGUUACAUUUCUUCAGCAAACUUUUUUUGUAUUCUGGUGCCCCGUUUAUUCUUUACAUACAUGAAACACUUGGUGAGGGAAAAAAUGAACAAGAUAUAGCUAAGUAAAAAUAGUAUUAAAAAAAAAUAUGAAUAUGAAGAGACACAUUUUAUUUAAUUAUACUUAAUUAUAUUUAUUUCAAAUGUACAUAUAAAUGUUGUGCAAUAUAUAUAAUAUCUACAGGUAUGCAUUUCUGGAAAUGAAUUUUAAAUGGUAUGAAAUUCAAUGAGGAUAGUAUCAAAUCUAAAAAAAGAAAAAAAAAGGUAUAUGUUGUAGAGUUUGUUUGGAAGAUGUGUGGAUUGCAUCAAGUCCCUGUUGGUUUGAUCCCAUGCUGCUUUCCGGGGAUGUUGCAGAAGUCGGAAAUUCUUUUGAAGAGAAAUGCAGUGGCGUGAUGCUUUGAGUGUGAAUUACAAGUCAGAAAUUUCGUAGUACGUUUUAUCAUCCUCCAAAUCCACCUCGGUGUGAUGACGUGUAACAUCUUAACAAGGCUCUGAUGUGAGAGGAAGCAGCUGUCUGGAGAAACUGUGUUGCAUCAUUAACGUCAUUUUAAUAUCAGGAGUCUCGAGUCCUCUGAAAACUCAAAGUCAUCUAGGUUUAGCAAUAAAAUUGUAAUUAGGGUGGUAAAUGUUUUGAUUUGCUUCUAGUCCCAACAGCUUCAAUAUGUCGUUGUUUCUGCUGUCACUGACGGUGUAAAGAUUUAAGGGCAUCUGAAAUUCACUCUAUGCAACACUGUUCAGUGUUUUAAAUCAGGCGGAGAAAAUCUCGCAGGAAGCUGGUUUUUUUCUGAGUAGGACCAGCAAAUUAUUCACAAUGGAGCAAACUUUUUGGGAUUUCCCUCCCUGUUAAAGACAGUCGCAAGUUGAUCAAAUCUCAAUAGAAAAAAAACUCACAUUUCAAUGUUUUCUAAAACAUGUUGUUGAAAUGGGUUUGGAGGAUGCAAACAGCGUGGUUUGGCUCGAUCAUUUGUUAUGGUAUUUUGCACCUUUUUUAUGAUAGUUUGACCCCAGGGAGUGAAGGUAAACAUCAAGAGAGAAUAAGCCUGUGUUGAAGAUCAACCAGAACUGAGUUUGUUGUUGUGACCUGGCUCAAAUAUUGGACCAAUAGGCCUCAUUGAUGCGCAGACUUUGGUUUCUACAUCACUGAAUCCAUCAAAACAAUGGCCUCAGACAGCAAAGAUAAUAGUGACAGGCGGUACAAAUUGGUGGAGACUUGUAACAUAAUCACAGGCGAUCUGUUUAGAUUCUAAAUCUAAAUCGCACAGAAUGGAAUCAGGUCUACCAUACUGUAUGUUUGCAGUAUCACUCGUGUUUAAUUUUUUUUUGGGACAGAUUUGUUAGGCGCCAUCUUAUCUCUGGACACAUUCUCAAUGUUUCUUUGCUCAACAAACGUCUCUCUUAGGAAGACGUCUUCAGAAUCAGUAUUACGGAGCAGCUUUAUUAGAUGCUGGCGGCCUCUUGUGUGAGCCUGCGUUUUUUUCUCCGUCUGUGUGUAGUGUUAUCUCCAGUACUCGGUCUUCAGGUGAACAACGGACGCCACUGUUUAAAUCAGCUAGAGGCUGAUUGUUCACAGACCAGACAUCUGCCGAGCCACUUUCUUUUGAGCCGAUCCGGGAGUCAAAUAUUCUGUUCUGAGGUUGUCUUGGUUCCAACAACACUGCGUUGCGCCUACAAAACAUUACUCACUCUGGACAUGCAUUUACCUCCUUCCCUCGGAAACUGUCAGACUGUCGGGUUGAUUGAGUACAGUUGAAACUGGAUUGCCAGGUUUCCCUGCAUUACACGUCAUCGGAGAUCGCUGCAGAGGCGUGUUUAGCUGUAGGAUUGAGAAGUGGGACCAAUUUUAAAAGUUGAGAUGUGUAACAAAACAAGUGUUGUUCGGUGGACUGAAAUGAACCCUGUUCAGUUGAAAAUACAUUCCUGUAAUUUUGACUCGAGGCUUGCUGGUGUGCACUGCAAUCUUUAUUCAAUUACAGUUAAAAAAAAAUUAUGAAGACAAAGGUAAUCGCCUAUGGAUUGAGAGGAAAUGCACUAAAAACAUGACUCUGGUUGGCAAAAUCCCAGACUUCCUGAAUUCAGUGACUUAAGCGAAGAUUAAAAGCAAAUCUGUUUCAGAAAAACGUUCAUUUUGAGACUAACUGCUGCGAUGGUUGACUGUCAAUAAACACAAUAAACCUGGGGUCUCGGAUGAGCCACUGGCUAUUGAAGUGUGAGAAAUGAGGCCCAGCAAAGUAGUGACACUGUUGUGAGAAAGGAAGUGAUGAUUUGGAAAGAAAUGAUCACAACAAACCUGGGAAAUUAUUAUUUUUUUUCUCCUGCAUAUGGUUUACUUCUCACUGGUUGUGACUGUUUCUUUUCCAGCAAAAUACGAACUUUUAAACUGUUCUCUCCUAUCUUAACAUGUCUUCCUCUCUAUAUAAACCAGAUCUGUAAAUAUUGUACCUUUGAGUCAUAUGUGUGGAUCGUGUUGUAUCAACUCAGGCUUGCAACAACAAAAACAAAGAAAUAAAAGAGAGAGAAAAAAAAGUCAGUAAAAACCUUCAAACCCCAAAAGAGCCAUGUUGUACUGUAUCUGCAUUCAUUUCUCAGCCUGCUUGUGAAUGAAUGUGUCACCCGGUUACAAAGCAAUGCACACUACAGUGUCUACACAAAAACAAAUGCCCUCCAGCUCGGUAGAGGUUUGCCGACUUUAGAUCUUCUACUAGCACGCUCGAAACACGUACCUUUAUUUGGUCUCGUAUCACUGCCUCUUCAAAUCCUCCUCGGUUUGAGCUGUUAAGAUGAGAGAACAUGCUGUGGAUGUUUUUAUCUGUACUUUGUGGUAAAACAAUAAAAGAAAAGUUGCUAACA